UCGGCGUCGGGCAUGACGUCACGCACGCGACCCUCGUUUGUUUAUCAACCAACUUGCAACGAAAUAUCAUCGCGUUCAAACACUAGGCGAAAGUUUUGAUGAAAAUACUGGAGGAUUGUAUCUCAUUAAUUGGAUUUAUUCAUAUCUCGAUUUAAACCACUCUUUUGAUCCGCGGGAGUUCGUAUUUCAGGGGUUUCCGCGUGCGUUUUGCCAUAUUGAAGUUAAAUCCAGAUUAGGCGACAAAAGCUGCUGACAGAGUUGUUUGGAGAGAGAGAGCGGUCAGCAUGUCGUCUUUCUCCGAGUCUGCGCUGGAGAAGAAGCUGUCUGAACUGAGUAACUCGCAGCAGAGCGUUCAGACUCUGUCUCUGUGGAUCAUCCAUCACCGCAAGCAUGCAUCCUUCAUCGUGCGCGUGUGGCACAGAGAGCUGAAGAAAGCGAAACGCAGCAGGAAGUUGACGUUCCUGUAUCUGGCUAAUGACGUGAUUCAGAACAGUAAGAAAAAGGGUCCCGAGUUCACCAAAGACUUUGAGUCUGUCCUGGUUGAUGCCUGCUCACACGUGGCCAGAGAUGGAGAUGACGGUUCUAAGAAGCAGAUGGAGAGGUUGCUGAACAUCUGGCAGGAGAGAAACCUCUACCGUGCAGACUUCAUCCAGCAGCUCAAACUAGCCAUCGAGGACUCAGACAGUCCCAAACACAAGCCCACAGUAGAUGACAGAAAAAAUUUGAAAAGAAGCUACCAGAAGGUGCAGGAGGAAGAGGAGGAGGAAGAUGAUGAUUACAGAGGUCACUAUUCUCCCCAGGAGACGGACGCAGCUGCUCCUCAACUGACGGAGGAUCUGGUGAAAGCGCUGCAGGAUCUGGAGAACGCUGCGUCUGGUGACGCUGCUGUGAGACAGAAGAUCGCAUCACUUCCUCAGGAAGUGCAGGAUGUCUCUCUUCUGGAGAAGAUCACAGAUAAACAGGCGGCAGACAAGCUGUCGAAGACGGUGGACGAGGCCUGUCUGCUGCUGGCCGAGUAUAACGGACGCCUGGCCGCUGAGUUAGAGGACCGGAGACAGCUGGCACGCAUGCUGACCGAAUACAUCCAGAGCCAGAGAGAUGCGCUCAACGAGAGAGAGAAGAAGCUGGAGGAGUACAAGCAGAAACUGGCUCGUGUCACACAAGUGAGGAAGGAGCUCAAGUCUCACAUCCAGAGUCUUCCAGAUCUGUCUCUUCUCCCGAACGUCACCGGCGGUCUCGCUCCUCUCCCGUCUGCUGGAGAUCUGUUCUCCACUGAAUGAACAUCUCUCUGAGACUCACAGUCCUGUGCGAUCAGACACUGGGUUCCUCUUCCCUGACCGUAACAUCAGUAAUGGAGCGAGAGAUGAAGAUCUGCUGUCACACACGUUUGCUUUUCAUUAGUUCUCCUGUCAGCUCAACCUCACGGAGAUCAACCCGCCAGUCGAUCCAUCAUUAAACCGGACUCAGAGUGUGGAGAUUUUUGUCUUGAUGUGACUUUGCUGUGGAAAGCAACUCCCUUUGCUUUGUCUUAUACCUGUAGGUUUUUAGUUUUACCGCUCAAGAGUUUAAUUUCACUUCAUUUUGGUUUUUGGAAGAAACUAGACAUGAGGAUUCAGUUUUAAACACUUCACUGCUAAUGACUUGAGUUCAUGAUAUCAAGAGAUAUUAAUUAGAAACUCGCGCUCAUUAUAUAUUUUGGUUACAAACCUGACCUGGUUUUCGUCAAAUAAUUAUUUUGAUGAUACAUGCAACAGAUUUGCUGAUAUUUGUGAGAGGAAUACAGUGUGAUCAAUGGUUUUCUCUUCUGUGGUCACUGUAUGUUAAGCGUCUCUCAUUAAAUACGACUGAACACAUUGAGCAACAAAAUGAUUUUUGAUAUUAAUGGAUCCUUGGAAUUUGAUUUGAAUGGAUUGCUGUAUUAUAUGUGAAGCGUGGAAAUAUUAAGUGGCCAAACUCUAUUCAAUACAUUUCUUAUGUUAAAUUCA